AUGGUGCUCUACUACGCCAAGCGGUGUGCGACCGUGUGGGAGAAGCUCGGCUUUCGGCGCGUGUACGUCGCGCUCGAGGUGCUCUCGGACGCGCGCGUGCUUAUCUGGGUCAACUCGGGUGACGAGUACAACACGGAUCAAAUCGUCGACGCGGCGUGGAACCAGCGCUGUGGAUUGCGACUGCGGCUACUCGACGACGGCACCGUCGUCAAGAAACACCUCCUCUUUGACUGCCAAGCCGACAUGUUUUACUUCCUCAUGGAGCUCGGCAUGGAGCCGGCGCAGAACGGCGGCAAGGUCCGGCGCGGGUCGUUCACAAAUCCAAUUUUGCAGAGCCCAAAGCGCAAGAGCAGCCUCCGCCGGUGAAGCGGUCGUGUACAUUUAACGGGUCGUCUCUGCCUGCGUCUCUGCCACACCCGGCUCGUGUCGAGGACCAUCUGUGUCGAAAGCCGCAUCCAACGCUAAUUUAUCAUAUUUCCAUGUGCUG